AUUCCGCUCAGCCGCUCCGCUUCGUGCUUGGAUUGUGUUGUGUUGUGUUGUGAAGAAUUGCUUUUAAACUAACAGUAAAUCGAAUAUAACAUAAUUUGUUGGCGCAAUUGGUUUAAUAAAGGUGUAAUUGAGUAAUUUCGAUAAAUGUGAAACGUCGAAAUUCGCUACUAGAUACAUUUGUUUCGUGUUCAUCUUCGGCUUGGCACGGCACCGACCAUGAUGCAAGCUGGAAACCGCGUGUCGUCUGUAAAGUUAGAGGAGAACGAUAUAGAUUUGUACGCCGAUGAUAUAGAACAAGAUUUCGCUCAGGAUGAUUUCGGCGGAGAGAACGUGGAUUUGUACGAUGACGUGAUAGCGGCCCCGGCAGGUACGAAUAAUGCUGAACAACCAGGCGAAUCCAAUCACCACGCUCCCCCGGGGGCUAACGAAGACUCAGGAGGUAACAUGAACUUCAGCGGACAAACUACGACCACCAAUAACGUGAACGCUUCUGUAAGACGUCACCAGCUCUACGUUGGAAAUCUAACUUGGUGGACGACAGAUCAAGACAUAGAAAACGCCGUACACGAUAUAGGAGUAAAUGACUUCCACGAAGUGAAAUUCUUCGAGCACCGGGCCAACGGUCAAUCGAAGGGUUUCUGCGUGAUAUCGAUGGGCUCCGAAGCCAGCAUGCGCUUGUGCUUGGAAUUGUUGCCGAAAAAGGAAAUCAACGGUCAAGUACCGGUCGUCACCCCUCCCACCAAACAGGCACUAAGUAAUUUCGAAAGUCAGUCUAAAACACGACCGUCACCAUCCAAUAACACCAAUUCCCGCCAACCCCAUCCCGGCCAUCCUAAUUCUAAUGUUCACGCAGGUCCUAUGCAAAAUUACGGCGGCCGCAUGAAUCCCAUGAACCCCUCGAUGCGCCCCAUGCCGCCCGGCAUGCAGGGCGGUCCCCGCAUGGGACAGGGCCCGCCCGGCUUUAACGGGCCCCCUUCGAUGAAUCACCAACAACCGCCCCGGUUCCAGGGCAAUCCGCAGUGGAACGGGCCGAGACCGAACGGUCCCGGACCGAACAUGGGCAUGAGACCGAUGGCGCCGCCUCCGGGUCAACCGGGCGGUCCCCCGCGCCCCCCUAUGCAGGGACCUCCGCAACAAGGCCCCCCUAGGGGUAUGCAGCCGCAAGGACCGCCGCCGAUGCGCCCCGAUUGGAACAGGCCGCCGAUGCAGCAGGGCUAUCCGCAGGCGCACCCGCCCCACAUGCAAGGACCGAACAUGGGACCGAGGGGUCCCCCGCCGAUGGGCCCCCCCGGGGCGCCGCCUCAGGGGCCGCCCCAAGGACCGGCGCCGCACGUUAAUCCGGCGUUCUUCCAACAAGGAGGCGGACCGCCCCCGGCCAUUCAACACAUGCCUGGACCAGGGCCCGUCAUGCCGCCGCAAGGACCGCCCCAAGGACCGCCGCACGGCCCCCCGCACGGUCCUCCCAUGGGCCCGGCGAACGUGCCGCCCCACGGCCCGCCGCACGGCUACGCGCACCCGCACGGCCCGCCCAACGCCAUGCCGCAGCCGACGUACGGCGGCCCGCCGCCCGACCACCAUCGCGCCGGCGCGCCCGACCUGCCGCAGCUCACCGAGCAAGAGUUCGAGGACAUCAUGUCGCGCAACCGCACCGUCUCGUCGUCGGCGAUCGGCCGCGCCGUAUCGGACGCGGCGGCCGGCGAGUACGCCAGCGCCAUCGAGACGCUCGUCACGGCCAUAUCGUUGAUCAAGCAAUCGAAGGUGGCCAACGACGACAGGUGCAAGAUACUGAUCAGCUCGCUGCAGGACACGUUGCGCGGCGUCGAGGACAAGUCGUACAGCGGCGGCGGCGGCGGCGGCGGCCGAAGGGACCGGUCGCGAUCGAGGGAUCGGUCGCACAGGAGGCGGAGGGAGCGAUCGUCGUCGCGGUACCGCGACAGAAGCAGGGAGAGAGAACGCGAACGCGAGAGGGACAGGGAUCGCGAGAGGGACAGGUACUAUUCGGAUAGGUACGGCGAAAGGGAGAGGGAGAGGGACAGAUCGAGGAGUAGGGAGCGAACGGAGCGGGAGAGGGAGAGAGAUUACAGAGACAGAGAACCGGAGGACGCUUCGCGAGUAUCCCGAUCGAGAAAUAAAUCGCCAGUGGAUCCGGUGGACGCCGGUGGAGACGUGACCAAGUCGUCGAGGUACUACGAGGAUAGGUAUAGGGAGAGAGAACGGGAAUCGGGUCGAAGGGAGAGCGACAGGGAUAGGGAGAGGGAGCGAGGAAGAGGCGAAGACGGUCAUCGUUCUCGCCAUUGAGGAGACUAAUCGUCGCUGAUGAAUGUAAUAAUAUAAUAAUUAAUUAAUUAAUGAUAAUAAUAAUAAUAAAAGUCGUUUAUUCAUGCUGUAAAAAUUCACUUUAUAGUGUAAUGUGAGACUUGGUGAGAAUAAGUAAACUCAAUUUCUUGGGUAA